CUAAAAUACCUUAGCCAAGGUUGUGCCUUAAAGCUUUCAUUUGUCGGGUCAUUACUCUCUCCGCCCGAACUCCACUGCAGAUGCGUCUUCGUUUACCUGCCAGCAUCCAAAUUCGCGCUUUCUGGAGCCAGGACGCCGCCAAACUGAAGCCCUUUUGAUGGGUUCCGCCUCUAAUCAAGCUUUGGGCAAGACUUUAACCGCGGCCACUCAGACCUGAUCCAAAAUGCUGAUAAAGGGAGGGGGUAUCGUUCUGCAGGUUAGGGAAAGUACGGUCCGGGGAGCUGGCCGACUUCCUCUCUAGCAUAAAAGAACGCUGGGGUUUGUGGAGCCUCAAGGAGUUAAAAUCCAGAAGCUAGGGCAGAUCUGAAAUUGGGUUCUUUAUGGGGGAAGAGGAUAGCUUUGCGUUGCAAACCACUGGAUUCCACUUAAAGUGUUCAGGGCCUUGUUUUUGUUGGCUUCCGUUUCCUUGCUCCCACCCCCAUAGCGCUAACUUGCAUACUAUAAAAGUAGUCUUUUAAGUACUGAGUCUGUUAAAUCUGAUUGUCUAUAUCUGGAAGUGAAUUUUGCAAAAGGAUUAACAAGGAUUGGAAAAUAACUAGCCGAAUCCGGGAGCACUGACUGGUCUUUACAAGAAAAAAAUGGUGGUUCUUUCAGUUUGCUGAGAUUCUCUUUGAAGACCUGGAUUGUGUCUGAGAGUGUUGUAAAUUCUUUAGAAUGUUUGCUUUGGGAAAUUAAAAUUAUUGACAAUGGCUCAUUACUCUAAAGAGGAGCUGGAUGAAGAAUUUGAACAGUUUAUGAAGGAGCUUUCAGAUGAUUCUUUUGACAAGUCAAAUAAAACACCUAGACAACCUAAAGAAGUAAAGAAGAAAGAUACUAUGCCUUGGUGGUUAACUGAAGAUGACUUUGAAGAUGGUGGACUGCUUGGAACAAACGUAAGCUAUUUGAAAACAAAGACUUCUCACCAAGUGAUGGAAAUAGAAGAUGAGUCUGCUGAAAAAUCUCAGCUUCUUAAGAGCAGUGGAACCUCUAUCUUAAGUGUUGACAGCUUGGAGACAAAUGAACUAAUAGUUUCUGAGCUCAAUCAUAGUGUUCUUGGAUUGGGAUUGGACACAUUAGAAGAACAAGAAGAAAAAGAGCAGUUUUUUGACAAGCUUGAGAAAGGUUUGACCUCUUCCAUUGAUUAUUCAAGAUUAAACAAGGAAUUGGAUUCCAGUGACUCUACACAUUUUAAAGGUUUAAGCAGUUAUCGGGCUAAUGUAGGACUAAUUGAAGAUGAACAUGAGAAUGAAUCAAAACAUGAACAACUCCCAGAAAAUUACAGUGAUGAUUUUGAAGAUGCAGAGGAUGUUGAUGUACCUUUGAUUACUAAAGAUGAAGAAGAAAUUCAUUCCAAAGAAAAGCCCAGAUCAGAAAUAAAUAUACCCAAACAGGCAGAAGAAAAAACUAACAUGCUGGCUAAUGUUGUGCUGCUUGAUUCAUUGGACUCCAUUGAAGGUACCAAUCUUGAUGAACAAGAUAAAGCAACAACUAAGCCAAAGGCCCUACCAGAUAUGACCGAUAAUGAAAUGACAGGAACAGGUAUUUCUUAUGGGCAAAGCAAUAGUGACAUUGAAGCCCUACAUCAGGCAUAUUGUCGUGUAGCUCAUUCUUUAGGAGAUGCAGAUGAACAAAGAGCUGAGAGUAACUCAGUGGAAAUGAUCAAGAGCUCAGUGAAAGAUCAUCCUCAAGAAAAUGAGGAGUCUUCAAAACACAUCUCUACUACUGAAUCUGAUCUGCCCACAGUGGAGGAGUUGAUGAAACCUAUCAGAAUAGAUUCCGUUGGAGUCAGUAGUUUUGAUUUACAGCCUAAAAGUGCUCCAAAAGAGGCUGAUAGUAAAGACACUGUAAAUGUUCGCUCUUUACCCCUUAAGAUAAAUGCAAAUGUUAUAUGUCAAGACCCAAGAAAUGUGAACCAACUUUUUGACAAAAAUGAUGAGAAUGUGAUUUUACAAAAGACAGCCAAUAAGGAUAUGGAAAAUAGCUGUCCAACAGUAACUGCUACAGAAGAACAUAUUGAUAAAAUGUACCUUGAUAUUUUGAGGAAAAAAAUAUCUGUUAAUUCUUCAGUAUUAUCUGAGGAUGACAGAAUUAAUCAAGCUUUUAAAUCUCAAGUCUCUUCUGGAGAAGAAGGGACUAUAAUUAGUAAACAGGCACCAUACAGAAAGGCCAGAAGUGUACCACCUUUGUUUAAAAGAAAACCCCAGAGUGGAUUAUAUGCAUCAGUUAGGAGCUCAGGCUAUGGUAAAUGCAGUUCACCACCUAAGUUGUUCUCUACGCUUGAAAAGAAAACUUCAAAGGAUAUGAAAAGCAACAAUUUGAGACCCAUUCCUACCUCAAAUCAAGCUAAGAAAAAAGAAAUAUUAUCUGGAACAAAACUCAUCAAGCCUGAACCUUUGAGUAAAGCAGCUCCCAAAAGUGAAAAUUACCUGGCUACUCCUAAGAAGUCUGAAGAUCCUAUAGCAACUGAUUCUUGUGUUCAAUUUCAGACUGAUUCUUCAGGAUACAGUGGUGAGAACAAAGAGAAAGAGUUAUUUAUGCUUAAAAGGGCUCAAGAAGCAGAAGAAAAAUGGAGGGGUGCAGAAGCCCUAAUCGAGCAAAUUAAAGUCACAUUCUCGGAAAAAGAGAAAGAACUAGAAAAUAAAUUGGAGGAACUAAAGCGACAACAGGAAAAAGAACUGUUCAAGUUAAGUCAAGAAAAUUAUAUUCUUCAAACCAAGUUAACUAGCUUUGAAGAAACAAACAGAAAACAAAGGUGGUUACAUUUUGGAGAAACAGCUGAUCCUGUCACUGGAGAAAAGUUGAAGCAAAUCCAAAAGGAAAUACAGGAACAAGAAACACUUCUUCAAGGUUAUCAACAGGAAAAUGAAAAAUUAUAUAAUCAAGUAAAAGAUCUCCAAGAACAGAACAAGAAAAAUGAAGAGCGAAUGUUUAAAGAAAACCAGAAUUUAUUCAGUGAAUUGGCUUCCUUAAAAGAACAAAUGCACAAAAGUCGUUUCCUAUCUCAAGUAGUUGAAGAUUCAGAGCCUAACAAAAACCAGAGCUUUACAGAUCUGUUAGCAGAACUACGGGUGGCACAGAAAGAAAAAAGCAGUUUGUUGGAAGACAUCAAAAGACUGAAGCAAGACAAACAAGCUCUUGAAGUAGACUUGGAAAAAAUGAAAAAAGAGCGAGACCAAGCCAAAGAUCAAAUUGCUUAUGCCACAGGUGAAAAGUUAUAUGAAAUAAAAAUUUUGGAAGAAACACAUAAACAAGAAAUCAGUCACCUGCAGAAGAGAUUACAGUGGUAUGCUGAAAAUCAGGAACUUCUGGAUAAAGAUGCAAUUCGGCUUAAAGAAGCAAGUGAAGAAAUUGUGAAGUUGAAAGUCGAGAUUGAGAAACUGAAAGCACAGUCUCGGAAUCCAUCUGCUGAGCAGAAGUUACGGUCAAAAGAUAGAGCAACUGAUGCCAAAAAAAUUCAGGAUCUAGAGCGACAAGUUAAGGAAAUGGAAGGAAUUCUAAAAAGAAGAUAUCCCAAUUCUUUACCUGCUUUAAUAUUGGCUGCCUCAGCCGCUGGUGAUUCAGCAGAUAGAAAUACAGUGGAAUUCAUGGAAAAAAGGAUUAAAAAGCUAGAAGCUGACCUGGAGGGGAAAGAUGAAGAAGCAAAGAAAAGCCUUCGUACUAUGGAACAACAGUUUCAAAAAAUGAAGAUUCAGUAUGAACAAAGACUUGAGGAACAGGAGCAGCUACUUGCCUGCAAAUUGAAGGAAACAACCCAUAACCAGAGUAACAACUCCAGGGUUAAAACACUAGAAACAGAACUCAAGGACAUUAAGGAAGCCCAUCAAACCAUUGUAAGAAACCUUGCAGCAGAAAUAGAUAUUCUUAAACAUCAGAAUGCUGAAUUAGAACUCAAGAAAAAUGACAAAGAUGAUAAAGAUUUCCAGUCUAUAGAAUUCCAGGUGGAACAGGCCCAUGCCAAAGCUAAACUAGUAAGACUAAAUGAAGAACUGGCUGCCAAAGGAAGAGAAAUACAGGACCUUUCAAAAACUGUGGAGAGGCUUCAGAAGGAGAGAAGAAUGAUGCUGUCUCAUCAGAAUGCAAAGCGAAGAGAGGAAGUGAAUGCCAAAAGGGUGAAGAAAGAUGUUUUGCACCCAAAUAAAGGAAAUGCAAACUUCUCUGGAACCCUGGGUGGCAAGCUGUACCAACCACAUACUUUUACUGAUUCCCAUAUUUCAGAGGUUGUACAAGAAAACUACAGAUUAAAAAAUGAGCUAGAGGAAUUAAUUUUGGAGAGAAAUAAACUAAAGAUGGAAUCUGAAGCAGCAGUGAACCAAUUUGAAAACUCCAUGAAAAGGGUCAAGGAAGACACUGCAGCACAUAUUGCAUCCCUCAAAGCAUCCCAUCAGAGGGAAGUAGAGAAACUCCUUUGCCAAAAUGCAGUUGAAAAUUCUUCUUCCAAAGUAGCUGAACUGAAUCGUAAAGUAGCAACUCAAGAGAUCCUUAUAAAACAUUUCCAAAGUCAAGUUAAUGAGCUACAGGGUAAGCAAGAGUCUCUUGCAGUUUCUCAAGUUCGAGAAGAAAUCCUACAAAAAGAGAUUACAAAACUAUUAGAAGAAUUGAGAGAAGCCAAAGAAAACCAUACACCAGAAAUGAAACAUUUCAUGGGCUUAGAAAAGAAAAUCAAACAGAUGGAAAUAAGACAUAAGCAGAGAGAACAGGAACUUCAGCAGAUAAUACAGCAGACAUACCAAGUAGUAGAAACUGAGCAAAACAAAGAAAUUGAGAAAUGGAAAAGACUUGCACAGUUAAAGAAUCAUGAGCUGGACAAGUUCCGCACAGAAUUAGACUCAAUAUUAGAUGUUCUUCGGGAGCUGCACCGGCAGGGGCUAGUAGUGCCAGUUGCUUUUGCAGGUGAAGUGAAAUUUUAGUAGAAACUCAGACUUCAGAUGACCUUGUUGGAAGCCCUAAAGAUGGAUAAAGUUGUACCACUUUCAGGACAGAUUUUGAAAAAUGAGUUCCAGUAUGUUGCCAGAAGGAAACAACGCAAACACCACCAUUUCAGAAUAAAUUACCCUUAACCAACAACGAAAUAAAAAAGCGUCAUGAUGUGUUUUACUGAAGAUCAUUAACUAGUCACAUUUUAAUUGAUUUAUGGACAGGUUCCUAUUGUCAGAUGAUUAUAACCUUGUAAGAUUUAUUAUAAAAGGUCUCACCUAUAUGCUGGAAAUGGGAGGAAAAUUGUACAAACUCUACCACAUUAUUUUGACCAAACGUGUAUUCUUAAUUUUCUUUGAGACAGGAAAGCAGCUUCUCUUUCUUGUGAAACUGGAUAGAGGAAUGUGAGCCCAGUGAUGUAGACAACCUCAUCAACGCAGCUGAGUUAUAGAGCUUUCUCAGUAAUUUAGAUGAAAAUUCUCAACUUCCAUGCCGGUACAUGAUUAAUUCUCCUGUGUUCUAGUUUUCCAUCCCUUCCUCUAGGUGACUCUUUUUUGUACUUGAUAUAAAGUGAAAAUUAUUAGGGAAAUUUGACAUGGCCACUGUUUUAAUCUUUUAGGCUAUGGUACAUAAAUGUUAGCCCUAAUUUUUUUUGUAACUUUAAAAUUAAAAGCAAUACAGUGACAAAACUUUUCUAUUGAAAAAAAAUCCAUUAGAAAAAAAUACAAAUAUGCAUGAGUAACUGCUUUAUUUUACAAUUCCCAUUUCUAAAAGCAGAUAGGAACUGUGUGAGAUAGCCAGUUUGUUUUCAGAUGUUCUAGCCCAGGACCAUCUAAUAGAAAUAUAAUGAGACCCACAUCUGAUUUUUUUAAUUUAUAGUAGCUCCAUAUAAAAGAUAAAAAUGAAAAAGUACAAAGCUCAAUUUUAUAUUUUUUCUUAAGUCUUCAGAAUAUAGUUUACAUUUAGAGCACAUCUCAAUUUGGAUUAGCCACAUUCCAAGUGCUCAGUGACUAUCAGUAAGUGCAAUUCUAGGGUAAUAAUUACAAAAUAAAAGUACUCUAUAAAAGAGAGGAAAAUUAAGUCUUAGUGGAAUUGUGGGCAACGGAUGUGAGGAAAUGUAAGGAAUGUAAUUAUUGUCUUAACGUCCAGCAUUUUUAAUGUACCUUUUCUAAGAGGAUAGUACAAGGAUUGUAGUUUGCUAUUUUGUAAUAUGAAAGCAUUUUAAUUUAUAAUAUAACUUAUUUGGAUUAUUUGUAUGUGCUUUUGUGUAUCUUUUUAUUUACAAGCCUAUGAAUUCAGCUGCACCCAUCACUUCCUUUGUCCUUUUGACUCACUAUACAUGUACUCAUCCCAAGCACAAAUAUAGCUGGUUCUGAAACACAACAAAAUGCAAACAUCAAAUAUUUAUAUACAAGGUACAUUAGACUUUGAUGAGGAUUCUGUACUCCAACUAUAGUAUUAUGUUUUGGAAUAAGCUAUGCACGUGUUCUGUUAACAGAUUAAAGAUUCAUAAGUACCAUCAAAGAUAUGGUUACAACUAAAAACCUCAAGAACUGUAUUUCAUUCCUUAAUGAUUGACCUUGGGACCAGAUGAGAACACAGAAGAUGGAUAUAUUUAGGCUAUUUUGAAUAGAAAGGCAUUCAUGAAGAUUUAAGCUCCAGAGAUGAUAAUUCUUUUCCACUAUGACGGUUUUCCACUGUGAUGGUUAAUUUUAGAUGUUGGUUAAUUUUAGGUGGUUUUUAAGCCAUAUCUAUAGCUAGGGUAUAUCUGUAAGGUUCUUUCCAGAAGAGAUUGGCAUUUGAAUCAGUGGUCUGAGUAAGAAAAUCCACCCUCACCCAGUGAAGGAGAAUACUACUCAAAUGGUUGAAGAAGGCCUGGAUAGAACAAAAUGGCAGAGAAGAAAAGCAAGUUCAGUCUUCUGGAGCUGGGAUAGCCCUCUCCUUCUCUUGGAUAUCAGAGUUCAGGUUCUUGGGCCUUCAGUCUCCAGGACUCGUAUCAGCAGCCCCUCAGAUUCUCACACCUUGGCCUUGGAUUGAGAGUUUCACCAUAAGCUCCCUUGGCUGUCAAGACUUCCUCAGGACUGAGCUAUGCCACUGGCCUACCUAGUUCACCAGAUUGUGGACAGCAUAUCAUGAAAUCUACCCUCCAUAAUAGUGUAAUGUACAUUAAAUGUCCUCCUUUCUUUAUCUUG